AUGUUCGAAAAAUGGCACAAGGACAAAAGAACCUCAAGAUUGGUUACGCGACUGAUCAAGUCUGAUCCAGCCAUUGAAAAGAAGUACAGGGCUGUUUACAAGCUGUAUGCUGAAUACCUCAAGAUGAUCUACCGCAAGGAGAACACGGUGAAGCGACUUGCUGCCAACAACCGAAGAUAG